AUGUCGUUCAUUUUACGCCAAAUAGCCUUUUCAUUUAAGAGCAACACGUUUGCAAACGUUCGCGGCGGUUUGUGUGCGCUUCGUUCCAGCUCGGUGCCGCGGAUUCCGCACCACAAUCAACUGUACACUGGGCGACCACCGUCAACAUUGCUGGCGCAUCAACUAUCAGCAUUACACAACCAACAGCAGCCGGUGCGUGGUAAAUCGAAGAAAUCAGGCAAACAGGCGGCCCGCACUGUCGAUGAUGACGAGGACGAGGAGCAGGAGGACGGUGGGGACGAGUACGAGGAACUGCUGCGGGACAAACAAACCCAUACGGUUCGUGUCACGGUGAACUCGAUGCGGGCGGAUCUGCUACUAAAGGCCGGUCUAGGCAUUGCAAGGAACAAGGUGGAAACACUGUUCUACGACAGCAAGAUACGGCUGAAUGGGAAGCGGUUGAUGAAGAAGAGCGCCCAGCUAGAGGUGGAGGACGAGAUCGAUGUGGUGCGCGGACCGAGUCCAUCCAAUCCGGAUCAUUUGAUCGUGUCACGAGUUGAAAUCCUAACGAUUACGCCCCGUACGGAGAAUCUAUCCGUAACGCUGCGACGACACAAAUCGCUUAUAAUCGAAAACUACAAGGACCACGGUUCGCACAGUGACGGUCAGGACAAAUAG